CCGAGCUCGACAGACAACCCACUACUUUCGACAGACAACACACUACUUUCGCACAAUAAAGCAAAGAUGGCCAGCACUCUGUCUCGCGGUCUUCCCCGCCUCGUCUCAUCCCUACACACCACGCCCAUCCUCAGCCGCCCACGCUCUCACAAGGCCCUCGCCAGGACCAUCACCAGCUUCCACGGACUGCAGGGCCUCGCGCAGCCAUGGCGGGUCUCUCUCCCUCAGGUACCGACGGAAGAAGCUCCUGAGCUGGUGGAGAGCGGGGAACUGGCGCUACACUUGGAGGCCCUCCAGCUGUGGCACGACGAGGCUGAGCUCUUACGGGAAUCGAGAGUCCUUCCUCCAGGCGUUGACGACCAGAUCAACCUCGAGGCAGAGACUCGAGGCCAAGUCAAAGACCUUAUGGAAACUCUGAUUGAGGAGGAAAUCCUGGACGUCCGUCGGGGUUGGGUCCUCGCCUCCAACUUUUAAUGCUUUUCGUAUUGCCAUUCCCGACGCCAAUAUUCCAUGUCAGUGAACCUCCUUCGGCCUGGACUGUUCACUCCUAAGAAGGAAGGUGAACACAAACGUGCUGUCCAGGCCGCACCAAGGGCUCUCCCGCGAAGCUUUCGGCCACGAGCGACGAGCAAAUACAAGCGCCUUCCGCCUCGACGACGAAGGCGCUGUGACACUGGACGAGGGAUUCACUCCCUUUCAUGUAUGUCUCGGCUGUACCUUGAAUGCGUAGUUUAGGAUACAGUGACUGUAACUCUUCUGAGUUACUGAUGAAAUGUUGAUUGUUCUUGACAUUUUAUGUAAAGUUUGUGUUGUCAUGACUGAAAUCCACGUUAAAAGAAAAGAGGAUUGUUAAUAGAGGAUCUGUUUUUAUACUUAUAUGACUGCGAUGUUCUGUCGCUAUUGAAGAAAUGAUUUCUAUUUGAUAAAUAAAAUAUUUCAAGUUCA